GCUAGCUCGCGUGCGUCGUGGCAACUGGCAAGCGCUGAAAUGGCCGCGGCCACCGGCUUCCUCGUUCCAUCGGCUAGGCUGACGCCCGCGGCGAGAGGAGCGAGGCGGCGGCGGUGUUGGCACCGGCGUCGCCUGGCGCCGCGGUGCGCCGCCGCGGUGGAUGGGAGGCAGGCGACGGUGGAGAGCAAGGCCGGGGACGCACUGGAGGUGUGCCGGGUGGUGAACGGCAUGUGGCAGGUGAGCGGCGCGUCGUGGGGCCGCGCGCAGCCGGCGGCGGCCGUGGACGCCAUGCUCCGGUACGCCGACGGCGGCCUCGCCACGUUCGACAUGGCGGACAUAUAUGGGCCAGCAGAAGAUUUGUAUGGCAUGUUCAUCAAUAGAGUCAGGCGGGAGCGCCCACCUGAAUUGCUUGAAGAAAUCAAGGGGCUUACAAAGUGGGUGCCGCCUCCCGUUAAGAUGACAAGAAGUUACGUUGAGGAAAAUAUCAACAGAUCUCGGAAGAGGAUGGAUGUUGCUGCAUUGGACAUGUUGCAGUUCCACUGGUGGGAUUACACAAAUCCUGGAUAUUUGGAUGCACUAAAGCACAUCACAGACCUGAAGGAGGAAGGCAAGAUAAAGACUGUAGCUCUGACAAACUUCGAUACAGAAAGACUACAAAUAAUUCUAGAAAAUGGAAUCCCAGUUGUCAGCAACCAGGUUCAACAUUCCAUCGUUGAUAUGCGCCCACAGCAAAGAAUGGCAGAGCUUUGCCAGCUAACUGGAGUUAAACUUAUAACGUAUGGCACCGUGAUGGGUGGUCUUUUGUCUGAAAAGUUUCUUGACACUAAUGUAUCAAUACCUUUUGCUGGACCUCCCCUAAAUACACCAUCCCUGCAGAAGUAUAAGAGGAUGGUCGAUGCCUGGGGUGGCUGGAGCCUGUUCCAGACUUUGCUCCAAACCUUAAAGAAGGUGUCACUGAAACACGGAGUUCCUAUUGCAACUGUUGCUGUGAGAUACAUACUUAACCAGACAUCUGUUGCUGGUUCUAUGGUGGGUGUGAGAUUGGGGCUCUCCGAACACAUCAAAGAUACCAACGCCAUAUUCUCACUUGAAUUGGAUGAAGAGGACAUGAACAGCAUCACCGAAGUAUCGAAGAAGGGCAGAAAUUUGAUGGAUAUUAUUGGGGAUUGUGGCGACGAGUACAGAGCUUAGUUGCUCAUGCUUCUGCUUGGCGCAUAUACUUGUGCCCAAUUUUCCAUAGCUCUGAAAUUUUGCUCCAAAGUCUAGCGGCUCAGCGCAGUUGAGGAAUGUCUAUUCUUUUGAGUGCCAGCAUGUAACCUCCUUGGAGCCGGAGGAAACCCCAGCUAUAAAACUGUAAAUAUACAACGAUGCAGAUGACUCAUGUGUUAAUUUGUUCAUAGUCCUGUCUAGCGAGUAUUACAAUAGUACAAUUAUCGUAUGUUUUAUCUUCUC